AUGUGUGCUAAGUACUUAAGAGGACAUUCUUUCUGGGAUGUAAAGAAAAUAAGAUGUUGCUCAACUACAUGGGUUGCAAUGUUAGAUAGCAGAGACUGCAUCAAGAAAGGGUGUGUAUGGCUAGUCGGGACUGGAGAAGCAAUCAACAUUUUCUCUAAUCCAUGGAUCAAAGGCAUUAUGAAUUCAACACCUGCAAGAUACUCUGAUACUUUUCCAAAAGUCACCAAAGUGAAACAACUCAUCGAUGGUGACACUAAAUAUUUGAAUAUGCAGUUAAUCCAACAAAUCAUAAACCCCUUCACUGCCAGCAAAAUUCAAGAAACUUCAAUUAGUUUUAAUUUUUCAGAUAAGCUCAUUUGGAAACUCACCCCCUACGGAGAGUUUACUUCCCAAUCUUUUCAGAAUCUACUUAUGGAGAAUCAGGGUGAAUCGUCAAAUCAUGGUGAGGCCAUCUUCCCAUGGAAGAAGUUUUGGAAAGUCGAUAAAGUUGCACAAAAAAUAAAGACAUUUAUAUGGAGAGAUUUACAAAAUAAUAUUGCAGUGGGGCAGAAGGUUGGAAGAUUCAUUGAAGGUGUUUCAGUGGAAUGCUGCAUAUGCAAUAAUGCAGUUGAAACUAUUGAAUAUCUCCUCUUUCAGUGUGAUUUAUCUCAAGCAAUCUGGUUUGCUUCCCCUUUCGGAUUAAGACUCCAAGGUAAUGCAGAGAUUACUUUACCUGCACUGUUGCAAAGUUGGCUUCAGAUGAACGAAAAUUAUUAUUCUAUCUCGCUGGGAAUGGACAUCUCUUGGGCUAUUUGGAAAGUAAGAAACGAGAAGAACAUCACUGUGCAUGGAGCUUUGAAGAUUGCACUUUUCUGGUUUAAUCUCCAUUACAACCCUCUUGCUACCAGCGAAACUGAGGUUGAUGAAAACAAUUCCCUGGUUACAGAUGAAGCUGACCAAAGCUGGAAUGCACCGGUGAUACCUUUCAUAAAAAUUAACGUGGACGCAACUUGGAAGAAUGGAGUUUAUGCUUGUGCAGCCAUUGCAAGAGACCACAAUAUUACCUGUCUUGGAGCUAGCACUCAUAUUGGAAGAUCUGACACUCCUAUUAUUGCUCAAGCAGAUAGGUUCAGUUUAGCAGUUGAGUUAGCAAUAUGGAUAGACAUGAAGGAUACCAUCAUUGAAAGGGAUUGUCAGAUGGUUGUUAAAACUCUAACUGGAGUUUUGAAAAGACCUCCCUGGAGAAUUCGGAAGAUAAGAGAUGACAUAAAGGAUUAUAUGACCAACUUCACUAAUUGUGAGUUCAAGUUUCUUCCUGAAUGA